UGCAUCCACCAAGAGCUCAGGAUGAGACCAGACCAGCCCGGCACCAUGUCUCGGUUCCUGGAUUUGAACGAGUUUGGAGAAGCGGCUCGAUACCUCCGACUCACCAACCUGGAGCAGCUGGCGGCCAAAGCCCAGGCCUUUGACGGUACGAAGCGUAUCUGGAUGCCUGAUGAUGUCGAAGCGUACAUCGAGGUGGAGGUCAGGGAGCCGAACGGGGAUAAGACCACCGUGGAGACCAAGGAUGGACGGUUUCUGAUCGUCAAAGAGGAAGACCUGCAGCCGAUGAACCCUCCCAAGUUUGACAUGAUGGAGGACAUGGCCAUGCUGACCCACCUGAACGAGGCCUCAGUCCUCUUCAACCUGAGGCGCAGAUACAGCAUGUGGAUGAUCUAUACCUACUCCGGUCUCUUCUGUGUGACGGUGAACCCGUACAAGUGGCUCCCCGUCUACUCCCCUGAGGUGGUGGCGGCCUAUAAAGGACGCCGUCGUUUGGACACACCCCCUCACAUCUACGCCAUCGCUGACAACGCCUACACCGACCUGCUGCAGAAUCGUGAGAACCAGUCCAUGCUGAUCACCGGAGAGUCAGGAGCCGGAAAAACUGUCAACACCAAGAGAGUGAUUCAGUACUUCGCCAUCGUCGCUGCUCUGGGGGAGAACGUGAAGAAGGGGGGGAAUUUAGAGGAUCAGAUCAUCGAGGCCAAUCCCGCCAUGGAGGCCUUCGGCAACGCCAAGACCAUCCGCAACGACAACUCGUCUCGCUUCGGGAAGUUCAUCAGGAUUCACUUUGGGCCGACAGGAAGGCUGGCGUCCGCUGACAUCGACAUCUAUCUUCUAGAAAAGUCCAGAGUCGUGUUCCAGCAGCCCGGGGAGAGGAGCUACCACAUCUACUACCAGAUCAUGUCCAAUCACAAGCCAGAGCUGCAAGACAUGCUGCUGGUGAGCACCAACCCCUACGAUUACCACUUCUGCUCUCAGGGGGACACCAAGGUGGCGGGGAUCAACGACGGAGAGGAGCUGAAGCUCACAGACCACGCCAUGGACACGCUGGGCUUCACCCAGGAGGAGAAGUACGGCUGCUAUAAGAUCGUCGGAGCCAUCAUGCACUUUGGGAACAUGAAGUUCAAGAAGAAGCAGAGAGAGGAGCAGGCUGAGGCUGACGGCACUGAGAGUGCCGAUAAGGCCGCGUACCUGAUGGGUAUUAACUCUGCUGAGCUGAUGAAGGGUCUGCUGAACCCACGGGUCAAAGUGGGGAAUGAGUUGAUAGUGAAAGGACAGACUGUGGAGCAGGUGAACUACGCCGUGGCAGCUCUGGCCAAAGCCACGUAUGACCGCAUGUUUAAGUGGCUGGUGGGUCGCAUCAACUCGUCUCUGUACACCGCUCUGCCUCGCCAAUACUUCAUCGGAGUCCUGGACAUCGCCGGCUUUGAGAUCUUUGAGUUUAAUAACUUUGAGCAGCUCUGCAUCAACUUCACCAACGAGAAGCUGCAGCAGUACUUCAACCACCACAUGUUCAUCCUGGAGCAGGAGGAGUACAAGACCGAGGGCAUCGAGUGGACCUUCAUAGACUUUGGUUUGGACCUUCAGUCCUGCAUCAACCUCAUCGAGAGGCCCAUGGGUAUUCUGUCCAUCCUGGAGGAGGAGUGUAUGUUCCCCAAGGCCACGGACCAAAGCUUCAAAACCAAACUCUACGACAACCAUCUGGGGAAGUCGCCGAACUUCCAGAGACCUCGACCGGACAAGAAGCGCAAAUAUGAGACUCACUUUGAGGUGGUUCACUACGCUGGAGUGGUUCCGUACAACAUCACAGGCUGGCUGGAUAAGAACAGAGAUCCUCUGAACGAGACGGUGGUGACUCUGUUCCAGAAAUCCCCCAACAAACUGAUGGCUGGACUGUUUGAGAACUACAUCAGCUCUGAGAUGGCUGCUGAUCCAAAGUCUGAGAACAGACAGAGGAAGAGGAAAGCAGCUUCGUUCCAGACCGUGUCUCAGUUACACAAGGAGAAUCUCAACAAGCUGAUGGCUAACCUGCGCAGCACUCAGCCUCACUUUGUCCGCUGCAUCAUCCCCAACGAGACCAAGAACCCAGGUGUGAUGGACCCCUUCAUGGUCCUCCACCAGCUGAGGUGUAACGGAGUCCUGGAGGGGAUCAGGAUUUGCAGGAAGGGCUUUCCCAAUCGUAUCUUCUACGCUGAGUUCAAGCAACGUUAUCGUAUCCUGAAUCCUAACGCCAUCCCCGAGGGCUCGUUUGUGGACAGCAGGAAGGCUGUGGAGAAGCUGCUGGGCUCUCUGGACAUAGACCACACCCAGUACAAGUUCGGACACACUAAGGUGUUCUUUAAAGCCGGUCUGUUGGGUCUGCUGGAGGACAUGAGGGACGCCCGGCUGUCUCAGAUCCUCACCAUCGUCCAGGCCAUGUCCCGAGGGAAGCUGAUGAGGAUGGAGCGACAGAAGAUGAUGCUGCACAGAGAUGCUGUAAUGGUGAUCCAGUUCGACCUCAGAUCCUUCUUCUCCGUGAGGACGUGGCCAUGGAUGAUGCUGUUCUAUAAGCUCCGCCCCCUGCUGAGGAGCGCUCAGGUGGAGAAGGAGCUGGCUGCUCUUCAAGAGGAGUUCAAGAAGCUGAAAGAAGCCUUCGACAGGUCAGAGGUGAAGCGUCUGGAGGCGGAGGAGCGGCAGGUGGUUCUGGUUCAGGAGAAGAAUGAUCUGACUCUGCAGGUUCAGGCUGAGCAGGACAACCUGACAGAUGCAGAGGAUCGCUGCAACCAGCUGAUUCAGUCUAAGAUCUCUCUGGAGUCCAAGCUGAAGGAGAUGCAGGAGCGUCUGGAGGACGAGGAGGAGGUGAGCGCCACCCUGACGUCCAAGAAGCGUCAGCUGGAUGACGAGGUGGUCGCCUUGAAGAAGGACGUGGACGAUCUGGAGAUUACUCUGGCCAAAGUGGAGAAGGAGAGACACGGAGUGGAGAACAAGGUGAAGAACUUGUCUCAGGAGAUGUGUGCUCUGGAUGAAUCCAUCGCCGCUCUCACCAGAGAGAAGGGAGCUCUGCAGGAAGCUCACCAGCAGGCGCUGAACGACCUGCAGGCUCAGGCGGACAAAGUCAACAUGCUGGCCAAGGCCAAGACUCGGCUGGAGCAGCAAGUGGACAACGUGGAGAGCUCCCUGGAGCUGGAGAAGAAGCUGCGUGUGGAUCUGGAACGGACCAAGCGUAAGCUGGAGGGGGAUCUGAAGCUGUCCGUGGACUCGGUGAAGGACCUGGAGAACCAGAAGGAAGGGCUGGAGGAGAGACUGAAAAAGAAAGACUUUGAGCUGGGUCAGGUCCAGUCCAAGAUGGAGGACGAGCAGAGCGUGAACACUCAGAUUCAGAAGAAGAUGAAGGAGCUUCAGACUCGUAUCGAGGAGCUGGAGGAGGCGCUGGAGGCGGAGCGAGCGUGGCGGACUAAAGCUGAACGCCAGAGGAACGACAUCGCCAGAGAGCUGGAGGACCUCGGAGAGAAACUGGAGGAGGCGGGAGGAGCUUCAGCUGCUCAGAUCGCUCUCAACAGGAAGCGGGAGGCCGACUUCUUGAAGCUACGCCGGGAGCUGGAGGAGGCGGGGCUUCACCACGAGGCGACGGCCGCCACUCUGAGGAAGAAGCACUCGGACGCGGUGACGGAGCUCAGCGAGCAGAUCGACGCUCUGCAGAGAGCCAAGCAGAAACUGGAGAAGGAGAAGGCCGAGUUCAGACUGGAGGCCGAAGACCUGACCUCCAACAUGGAGCAUCUGUCCAGGACCAAGGGAGCUAUGGAGAAGAUGUGCAGGGUCUUUGAGGACCAGCUGAAUGAGAGCAGGGGUAGAGCGGACGAGCUGCAGAGACAGCUGACGGAGGUUUCUGCACAGAAAGCCAGAGCUGUGACAGAGACAGCCGAGUACAGCCGUCGUCUGGAGGAGCGUGACGCCAUGAUCAGUCAGCUGCAGCGCUCCAAGGCCGGGGUUUCCCAAAACUUUGACGACCUGAAGAGGCAGCUGGAGGAGGAGAGCAAAGCUCGUGUGUCGCUGGCUCACGCCGUGCACUCGUCCCGUCACGACUGCAGUCUGCUGAAGGAGCAGCUGGAGGAGGAGCAGGAGGGGAGGGCCGAGCUGCAGAGGGCGCUGUCCAAAGCCAACAGCCAGGUGGUUCAGUGGAGAACCAAGUACGAGACGGACGCCGUGCUGAGGAUCGAGGAGCUGGAGGACGCAAAGAAGAAGCUGGUGGUGAAGCUUCAGACCUCAGAGGAAGCUGUGGAGUCGUCUCAUGCCAAGUGUUCAUCUCUGGAGAAAACCAAACUGGGUCUGCAGACGGAGAUCGAAGACCUGGUGGUUGAGCUGGAGCGCUCCAACUCUGCGGCUCUGGCUCUGGAUAAGAAGCAACGCAACUUUGACAAGAUCUUGGGCGACUGGAAGCUGAAGUUUGAGGAGAGUCAGACGGACCUGGAGGCGUCACAGAGAGAGUCCCGCAAUCUGAGCACCGAGCUCUUUAAACUGAAGAACUCCUACGAAGAGGCUCUGGACCAGCUGGAGACCAUCAGACGAGAGAACAAGAACCUGCAGGAUGAGAUCCUGGACCUGACGGAUCAGAUCAGUCUUGGGGGGAAGACCAUCUACGAGCUGGAGAGAACCAGGAAGAUCCUGGACGUAGAGAAGAGCGACAUCAGAGCCGCUCUAGAGGAAGCUGAGGGGACUCUGGAGCACGAGGAGACCAAGACCCUGAGGUUUCAGGUGGACCUGCAGCAGAUGAGGACCGAGAUCGAGCGCAAGAUCUCAGAGAAAGACGAAGAGAUUGAAAACCUCAGGCGGAGCAACCAGCGCUCCCUGGAGACCAUGCAGGCCAAUUUGGAGGCGGAGGUCCGAAGCCGCAGCGAGGCGGUUCGUCUGAGGAAGAAGAUGGAGUCCGACCUGAACGAGAUGGAGAUCCAGCUGGGACACGCCAACAAGCAGGCGGCAGAGAACCAGAGGCUCAUCAGACACCUUCAGACACAGGUCAAAGAGCAGCAGGUGGACCUGGAAGAUAAAGUCCACUUAACCAAUCAGCUGAGAGAACAGAUCGUCCUGCUGGAGCGGCGUUGUUCCCUGAUGACGGCCGAGGAAGAGGAGCUGCGCGGCGUCCUGGAACAAACCGACCGCAUCCGCAAGAUGGCCGAACACGAGCUGGUGGAGGUGUCUGAGAAAGCCAACCUGCUCUCCACUCAGAACGCCGGUCUGGUGAACAACAAGAGGAAGCUGGAGGCCGACGUGUCUCUGCUGAGCGGAGAGGUGGACGAGGCCGUGCUGGAGAGUCGCAGCGCCGAGGAGAAAGCCAAGAAGGCCAUCACUGAUGCGGCUCUGAUGGCCGAGGAGCUGAAGAAGGAGCAGGACAGCAGCAACAUGCUGGAGAGGAUGAAGAAGAACAUGAUAUCUACGGUUAAAGAGCUCCAGGUGAAACUGGACGAGACGGAGCAGAUGGCGCUGAAGGGAGGGAAGAAGCAGCUUUAUAAACUGGAGACGAAGGUGAGGGAGCUGCACACGGAGCUGAUGGUGGAGCAGAAGAAGAGCGAGGAGUAUCAGAAAGGCGUGCGACGCUACGAGAGGAGAUGCAAAGAGAUGAUGUACCAGACCGAGGAGGACCGGAAGACUCUGCUCAGGAUGCAGGACCUCGUGGAGAAACUGCAGACCAAAGUGAAGGGCUACAAGAGACAGGCUGAGACCGCCGAGGAGCAGGUGAGCUGCACCUCGGUGCGAUUCAGGAAAGUGCAACACGAGCUGGACGACGCCGAGGAGAGAGCCGACAUCGCCGAGACCACCGUGAACAAGCUGCGGAUCAGAACCAAAGAACAGACCAGCAAGGUCGCCUUGAUCGCUGAGUGAAUCUCUGCAGCCUCCCAGACUCCAGCUGUGUUUCUGCCGUGUGUGUGAAGAGUGUGGUGUGUGUGUGUGUGUGUGUGCGUGUGUUUGUGUGUGUGUGUGUGUGUGUCUGUGUGUGUGUGUGUGUGUGUGUGUGUGUGUGUUUGACUGUCUAACCAUGGAAAUAUGUUUCUAUAGACCUCCACUGUGAAGGAUAGUGAGCUGGUUGGUACAGGAAGUGUUGAGGGCAGAGAGUUGUCUGAGUGAAGCCUGAUUUAAGGCCCCUAGGUGUUGAUGUGGAUUAGUUGUAGUCUGUUUGGUGAAUUGUUAAGUGACAUGGAGGGGAUUUGUCAGUGUGGAAGGAUGUGGCUAUUUCCUGGAAGCAGAACUCCAGACCUGCUGCUUACGAAAACUAGAAAAGUUUCAGAAUAAAAUAUUGUUUUGCUGCUUCAUUAUUCAUGUUGAGUGAAAACUUUGUUCUUGUUGUUAAAAAGUAAAAGUUCAUGCAUGUAGAGUUGUGAUUAAAGCACCCCUCAGUAACUCUUAUGUUUAUUUAUGUUACAUAGAGAUAAACCUGUUGCAGGUUUUAGAGUUUAAAGGUUGUAGUUUUUGGUUUAUGGAACUUCAGCUGUGUGGUUGAGUCCCUCUGGCUCUCACUGUCCUUCAUAAGCAUGCGCUAACAUGUUAGCUACGUCAUCAGCUAACGAUCCACCAGAGCUGAAUAUUUGACCGUCAGUGGUUAAUGAAGUGUUUAGAAGUUUUUUGUUUGUGAAAUGUUUGACUUUCUAAAGUUGAAUCGUAGAAAACAAAGGUCAGAGUUUGAUUCUGUAAAGAGAGAACGCCUGGCGGCAGACGAAGAAGACCUUUAGCGCCAGACCGCUGGAAGUUUGACUGAAAAUCAAGCUAGCCCUCCAGCAAAAGUUUUUCCUCUUCGUGUUUCUUUUUCACAAGUUUUUAAAAGUUAAGAGACUUUUUGAGUUUCAUAUCAUAACCUGCAAAGUUUGUAAUAACUUCAGAUAUUUUAAAUCAAGAAUUUUGUGCUUGGUAGAUCUUAAAGAUGGCUAACGUAGCUCUGCUAUGUCUGCAGCAUGUACUGAAGUGUAAACAAGCCUCUAACGUGACGGAGGAGGAGGAUACAGAAGAACCUUCAACUUGCAUUAACUCCUCCACCACUGUUUCCAGGUCUUCUGCCCCCUAGUGGUCAGAUAUGAUGCUCACAGUGAGACGUUUAAAAGUGUAAAAGUGUUCAGGCUGUUUGAUGUUGAUGUGUGAGAUUUAACUGAGUUUAAUGUUUGAGUAGAAUCUAAAGUGUAGUAAGAAGUGAUUAAUAAUAAUAAAUACCUCCUGGUGUUGA